UAGUUGCUACUUCGGCGGUGUUUAACGUGUCAUUUUUUGGUUUCAAAUAAAAAACUUUAGAGACAUUAACAGAAAAUCUAACGCAUUAGUGCAAAAUCGUAAAAAAUUGCAUUCAGUAUAAAAAAAAGAAACUUAGAAACUUUUCAAAUAAAAUAACAAAGAACAUUAACUAAAAAUGGCUCAAAAAACAAGUGUAUGCAUUGUCGGUUCUGGCAACUGGGGCUCUGCUAUAGCCAAAAUUGUGGGUGCCAAUUGUGCUAAUUUGCCCGAAUUCGAGGAACGUGUUACCAUGUUUGUGUAUGAAGAAAUGAUCGAUGGCAAGAAAUUGACAGAAAUCAUUAAUACCACCCAUGAGAAUGUUAAAUAUCUACCCGGACACAAAUUGCCCCCAAAUGUGGUUGCUGUACCCGAUUUGGCAGAGGCCGCCAAAGAUGCUGAUGUUUUAAUUUUCGUUGUGCCCCAUCAAUUUAUUCCCAAUUUCUGUAAAACACUUUUGGGUAAAAUUAAGCCCAAUGCCCAAGCAAUUUCCCUAAUCAAGGGCUUUGAUAAGGCCGAAGGUGGUGGCAUUGACUUGAUCUCACACAUUAUUACACGUCAUCUGAAAAUUCCCUGCUCCGUACUUAUGGGUGCCAAUUUGGCCAACGAAGUGGCUGAGGAACAAUUUUGCGAAACAACCAUUGGUUGUCGCGACCCCAAAUACGCCAAAAUCUUGCGUGAUCUCUUCCAGGCCAAUCACUUUAGAGUUGUGGUGGUUGAGGACUCUGAUGCUGUAGAAAUCUGUGGUGCUUUGAAGAAUGUGGUGGCCAUGGGUGCUGGUUUCGUUGAUGGCUUGGGCUUGGGCGACAACACCAAGGCUGCUGUUAUCCGUUUAGGUUUAAUGGAAAUGAUUCGCUUUGUGGAAAUCAUGUAUCCCGGCAGCAAAUUAUCCACCUUCUUUGAAAGCUGUGGUGUGGCUGAUUUAAUUACCACCUGCUAUGGUGGCCGUAAUCGCAAGGUUGGCGAAGCUUUUGUUAAAUCUGGUAAAACCAUUCAACAAUUGGAGACUGAAAUGUUGAAUGGACAAAAACUACAGGGACCUCUUACUGCCGAAGAAGUUAGCUACAUGUUGAAAAACAAAAAUUUGGAAGCCAAGUUCCCCUUGUUCACCGCCGUUAAUAAAAUCUGCUCUGGUGCCCUCAAACCCCAAGAAUUAAUUGAAUGCAUACGCAUUCAUCCCGAGCAUAUGCAAAAAUUAUAAAUUAUUUGUAAAGAAUCUGCCUAAAUUAUUUAAAAACCAAAAAUCUCUAAAAAAAACCUAUUUAAAUAACAUCUUUUAAACAGCUAACCAAAAAAAAAGCUUAGACAUUUUAACUUAAACGCAUAAACUGUGAUUUGUUUUCUUUUUACAACAACAACAAAACCUAGAAGAAAAACACCAGCACAAUUUAAUUUAUUAGAUUGCCUUGAACAUUUAAACCAAAAUUAAUUAAAUACAAAAAGGUGCUUAAAUCUAAUACAAACCAUGUCUUUUAAACACCCUAAAAUUUUAAGGCAUAUCUUGAACUUCCUCUCAAUUUAAAAGUAGCAAACUUGUCCUUGUACUAAAAUCAUUUAUUUUAACCAACAAAAGAAUUAUAUUUUUAAAACUAUAUUUAAGUUGUAAGUAAGUAAAACAACACUUUUACAACUAAAUAUGUAUUUUUGUUACAAAAAUUAAAAUAAAAACAAACAAAAAACGAAGAAGUACCUAAAUUAAAAUAAAACAAAUGAAAUAUAUUAAAUAUUUAUUAAGUAAAAAGCAAAGAAACAAACAAAACAAACAGACGAAUUAAGGACGACAAUUUAUUUUUAUUGUAUAAAAGACCAUACACAAACAAAAAAUACAAACAUAUUUUAGUUUAUAAACAACAAUGAAACAAAUUUAAAAAAAUAUAGUAUAUUAUUACAAUUUUAGUUAAUAUUUGUGAAAAUAAAUUUAUUAUAUAGAUAAACUAAAUCCCAAAAA